GUGGUGUCUGGCCCAACAUGUUUCAUGUUCCUUUUUUGUUUAGAUCAAAACACGAAAGGGUCGUCCCAAAGAAUUGUAUAUAAGCUUGUGGUGUGAUGCUGCUCCCGCCACCUGCCUAGCCUCCCUCCCCUUUUGUGUGUUUGACUGUUUGUUGGUCGUCUCUCUCUCUCUCUCUCUGCGUCCUUUGCGGGUCUGACUUUCAUUGAUGAGCUCAAAAUCAUUUUUGUUUCUCGAGCUAUCGUUCUCCGCUUCCGUUGAGCAGCAGAAUUUAUAAUCUUUAGCGUCCACGCCGACAUCUCCUUCAUCUUUGCCUCUGCCGGCCAUCCGGAUUGUUGUAUUAAAACGAGGCUUGGGUUGGCCUUCUGCUGUGAUAUUGUUUCGCUUGCCUUCGUCUCUGUUGCUUUCUCGUGUCUUGGCCUUGUCAGAAUCCUGCUGGGUUGGUAGAUUAGUUGCUGGCAGAAUUAAUACGAAGUUUAAAGAGGCGUGACUGUUUGGACAUUGAUUGUCACAACUGAUGAUGAGUCAGCCUAAGGUUAAGCGCCGGGUGGGUAAAUAUGAACUAGGGAGGACAAUUGGUGAGGGAACCUUUGCAAAAGUGAAGUUCGCAAGAAAUUCCGAGACCGGAGAACCCGUGGCCAUAAAGAUCCUCGAUAAAGAGAAAGUGCUCAAACACAAGAUGGCUGAACAGAUCAAGCGGGAGAUAGAAACGAUGAAGCUAAUAAAACAUCCUUAUGUUGUCCAGUUACAUGAGGUAAUGGGCAGCAAGACAAAGAUAUUUAUUGUUUUGGAGUUUGUCACAGGAGGAGAGCUCUUCGACAAAAUUGUGAACCACGGAAGGAUGAGGGAAGACGAAGUACGGAGAUAUUUUCAGCAGCUGAUUCAUGCCGUUGAUUAUUGCCAUAGCCGGGGCGUCUAUCACAGAGACCUAAAGCCGGAGAAUUUGCUGUUGGAUGCCUAUGGAAACCUCAAAAUUUCUGAUUUUGGACUGAGCGCGUUAUCCCAACAAGUCAGGGAAGAUGGUCUCCUUCAUACAACCUGUGGAACUCCGAAUUAUGUUGCCCCCGAGGUCCUCAAUGACCGAGGGUAUGAUGGGGCGACUGCAGAUCUAUGGUCGUGUGGGGUUGUACUUUUCGUAUUGCUUGCAGGUUACUUGCCUUUUGAUGACUCUAAUCUUAUGAACCUUUAUAAAAAAAUUUCAGCUGCUGAAUUUACUUGCCCUCCUUGGCUUUCUUUUGGUGCCAUGAAGUUGAUAGCUCGGAUAUUGGAUCCGAAUCCUAUGACUCGUAUCACCAUUCCUGAGAUACUGGAAGACAAAUGGUUUAAGAAAGAUUACAAGCCCCCUGUAUUUUAUGAGAAAGAGGAUACGAAUCUCGAUGACAUUGAAGCUGUCUUUAAGGAUGCAGAAUGUAUGUGGAUGAGGAAUCAACAGGAGCACCACGUGACCGAGAAGAAAGAAGAACAACCCACAGCCAUGAAUGCAUUCGAGCUAAUUUCCAUGUCUAAAGGGCUAAAACUAGAUAAUUUAUUUGAUGCAGAACAGGGCUUUAAGAGAGAAACGAGGUUCACAUCGAAAUGCCCAGCCAAUGAGAUCAUUAGUAAGAUCGAACAAGCAGCUAAGCCCCUUGGGUUUGACGUUCACAAGAAAAACUACAAGAUGCGACUCGAAAAUGUGAAAUCGGGAAGAAAAGGAAAUCUCAACAUUGCUACUGAGAUAUUCCAAGUUGCGCCAUCCCUGCAUAUGGUCGAGGUUCGCAAAGCGAAGGGAGACACUCUGGAGUUCCAUAAGUUCUAUAAGAAUCUCUCGACCAGCCUUGAGGAUGUGGUCUGGAAAACCGAGGAAGACAUGCAAGAAAUGAAAUGAACACCAUCGCGAGCGAGAGGACUCGAUUCAAGGUUCCAUGACUUCUACAAUAACUUCACCUGCCGAGUGCCCACCGGGCAAUAUCUUCAUUCUUUCCCUUUCUCUCCUCAUUACCCUUCUUCUCCCGUAGAAGUAGGUCAUCAGAGGUAUCUCCCCGCAGCCCCAAUUGUUUUCCCAGGGGUAUCAUCGUCCUUGUAGUGCCGUUGUCGGAACCGGAGUGGUAGUUGAUGGCAGGGAACAAAGCUGUACAUUCUUCUUGUUCUGUUUCUUCUGUGUCGAACACUCGGGUUUUUCGCUGGGUUGAACUAAGUAUUGCUUCAGUCGUGGAAACAUCGUGCGAUUGCCGGGCGAAAGUCUUGUGGUAGCUAAUGGAAAUCAUGGACGUUGUAGGAUGUCAUUGUAAAUAUUGUGAUGCUGAGUUAUUUUAUUUAUUUAUUAUUUAUUUUUUUAUUAUCUA